AUACGUUUUACAUUUGAGCUAAUGUUACAAGAAAAGUCUGUGGAAAAUAAGUGUUUUAUCGUCAGGCAUGUCUUCGGACAUAAAAAUGUAAGAGCCAGCGAAGGACCCCAGCAGGAAGUAAGUGUUGUUCAGUGUAAGUGAUGGCGUCUCGCCGCACACUGAAAGCAGUGCUCAUUGACCUGAGUGGAACUCUUCAUAUUGAAGAUGCUGCAGUUCCGGGAGCACAAGAGGCUCUGACCAGAUUAAGACGGGCUCCGAUCGCUGUGAAAUUUGUGACCAACACCACAAAGGAGUGUAAGAGGACCCUGUUUGAGCGUCUGCGCUGGCUGAACUUUGACCUCCAAGAGCAGGAGAUCUUCACAUCACUCACUGCAGCUCGUAAUCUACUGGAGCAGAGAGCAGUGCGCCCCUUACUGCUGGUGGAAGAUAGUGCUCUGGAGGAUUUCACAGGUUUGGAGACAUCUGAUCCUAAUGCAGUUGUGAUAGGGUUAGCACCAGACCACUUCAACUACCAGAUGCUCAACAAAGCUUUCCGGUUAAUUUUAGAUGGUGCUCCUCUUAUUGCGAUCCAUAAAGCCCGAUACUACAAAAGAAAGGAUGGGUUGGCUUUGGGUCCGGGUCCGUUUGUGAUGGGUCUUGAGUAUGCAACUGAUACACAGGCUACAGUGGUGGGUAAACCAGAGAAAGCCUUCUUCCUGGAGGCUUUACGUGAUCUGAACUGCUCACCAGAGGAGGCGGUGAUGAUCGGAGACGAUGCCAGAGAUGAUGUUGGUGGUGCACAGAUUACAGGAAUGCUGGGAAUAUUAGUAAAAACUGGUAAAUACAGACCUGGUGAUGAAAGUAAAAUUAACCCUCCACCUCUGUUGACCUGUGACAGCUUUCCAGAUGCUGUCAAUUAUAUACUUGAACACCUCUUAGGCUCUAAAUAAUCUAAAAACUGAGUUUAAGACCAACACAAAACAUAAAUUGAAUGGUACUAUUUAGGCCACGUCCACACUAAUACGUUUUCGUUUAAAAACACAUUGAUUUCGCUAAGUUUGCUCCUCUCAUCCACAUUGGAAUUGCAUUUUCCUCAACCGAAAAUGGAGCGAAUCAAAAACGCUCUCCAUUACUUGAUACUUUGGAAAACGAUGAUGUUAGGAAACUGAAAACGGUGUUUCCAAACAAGAAAACGGUUUAAUGUGGAUGUGCUUUUAGUUUGACCAUUGUUAGACUGUCCAUUAUUAACAAUCAUGUUGAUAUGAAAAUAUCUAUAGAAAUUGGAUUUAUCUGUGUUACAUAAUAAAGUUCUUGCACUCCG